CUAUUCGACUUCGCCGAUAAAAAGAUCGGCGCAAGCAAAAGCGACACAGCCAACGACAGCCUGAACGAGAGGCGAUACCCCGUAAAACCCUUUAAGAUUGGUCGCUUUUCCACCCUCAGCAAUUGCCAUCGAUCGAAGCCAGAGAGAGCAUAAGAGAUCAGAGAAAAAAAAAGGGGGCAGAGCGAGCGAGCGAGCGACGCUAUGGACAACUUGUCGCUGAUGUGGGAGAUCAUGGGCCCCGGUAUUGCCGGCGCCGUGUUCGGCGCUGGCUGGUGGUUCUGGGUCGACGCCGUCGUCUGCAGCGCCGUCAAGGUCUCCUUCCUCCAUUACCUCCCCGGAAUCUUCGCUUCUCUGGCGGCUUUCAUGUUCAAUUGCGUCAACAGAGACGAUGUCAGCUACGAUUACUACUCUCCAUACGGGGAUAGCGAAUGGAGGUUGAAGCUUUGGCUUUUUGUUGCAUACGUCGUAUCCUUUGUCUCUCUAGCUGCAGCAGUGGGCUUGCUAAUACAAGACGCCCUCACAGAUAAGGGCCCUUCUGUGUGGACAGGUGUUGCUGGUGUCCUUCAAUGCGUGUUUGUCUUAAUCAGUGGGCUGAUUUAUUGGACUUGUCAUUCUGAAGAUUGAGAUGAUAAAAUCUGUUCCGCGUGAAUUGGACGUGUAAAGAUGAAGUGAGCAUGAACUUGUCAUUGAACGAAUAAAAAACAAAAUAUAAGUUAAAAAAACCAUUUGUAGUUUUUAUCAUUUUGAAUUUCAGUUGUAUUCUGUAAAUGGAGAUGCUGUAAUUAUCACUUGGGUAUCUGAGGUUAUCACUUGGUGUGUAACUGUAUGGUGAUUAAGAGGUACUUGGGUGUGGUGCUUUCGUUGUCACUGCCUUGAGCGCUACUUUGUA